CUUUGAAGGAUGCGCUCCCCUUCUCUUCCAACCCUCUGAGUGCACACGCCCAAAGCUGAAUAUAAUAGCACCAAAGUCACAAUGCGAUUCUGGAAUGCUCUUGUCCCAAUCGCCCUUGUUCCCGUUGUCGUAGCUGAUUUUCACUAUACCACUGCCGGGUGCUUCGACCACAUGGGAGUCCCUACUAUUCCAUCGUUUCUGGCUUUGCUCCCCUCAAACCAAGACUCAUGUGACGAUGCAACGAACCCGAAGUCCUUGUUCUACCAGCUGCAGAAUGGCCAAGUCACAUACAACAACCAACUGACCACGCUGCUUUGCGGUGCUAACAUUACGGUGGAAUACCUCGACCCUCCCAUUUGGAGCAGCUCAGAUGGAGGACAUGGUCGGUGUUACGGGCUUUCGGGCGGUGUGAAAUCAGAGAAUUGCACUAAUCAUGCCAAUCUAAAGGGCUAUUGCUCAUUGCGGGAUGCAGGCUUCUGCGACUCGUACUUGUGCAAAUAACCCGGCGCACAGUGACCAAUGCAGACGUCCGAAAUCUUCGGUAUCUGGACGCUGGCUGCCUUGUCACGAGACUUGUUUAUGUUUUUGUUCAGAG